CGGCACAUGACAGUCUUAUCUCAUUUUUGUCGUUUCAAGACUAUAGUUAAGAGAAAAUAAAAGAAAAAACCCAAACAGAUCUCUUGGUCGUUGUCUUUGCAUUUUUUUUUUCUCUACUCCGGGUCUCCGGCUCCGGUGGCGAAAGAUGUAUCAAGUACCGGAAAGAGCAAAGCUUCAUAUAGCGAUGGUGUUGUUUCAAACAGGCUACGCCGGGAAUCACGUGAUCAUGAGAUUCGCAUUAAACUUGGGAGUAAGCAAACUCGUCUUCCCACUUUACCGCAACAUCAUCGCUCUCUCUGUUCUUGCUCCCUCUGCUUUCUUCCUUGAAAAAAAAGAAAGGCCGGCGAUGAAUACCAGUUUACUGAUUCAGUUCUUCCUUCUUGGACUUGUCGGGAUAACAUUAAAUCAAGGAUUUUACAUAUUUGGAUUGGACAAUACCUCACCAACAUUCGCAUCAGCAACUGAGAAUGCUGUUCCUGCUGUAUCAUUCCUCAUGGCCGCCUUGCUCGGAAUAGAGAAGGUAGAAUUGAAGAGGAGAGAUGGUAUAGCCAAAGUGGUGGGCACGUUCGUAUCGGUCGCAGGUUCUUUGGCUAUAACGCUCUAUAAAGGGCCAACCAUUUACCAACCGAGUCUUGGUAUAAGGGAACAACCCAAGAAUGGUGGAGAGGCAGAGGAACAAAACAAGAACUGGACGUUGGGAUGUGUGUACUUGAUGGGUCACUGCUUAUGCUGGUCAAGCUGGAUUGUGUUACAGUCACCACUGCUUAAGAAGUACCCAGCUCGAUUCUCCUUCGUCUCUUACUCUUGCCUUUUCGCCGUGUUCCAGUUCUUUGGCAUCUCUGCUUAUUUCGAGAGAGAUGUAGAGAGCUGGAAGAUAAGAUCAGGAGGAGAGUUGUACGCAUUGCUAUACACUGGGUUGGUGGGGUCAGCGAUGGUGUUUGCAAUACAGAUAUACGUUGUGGAGAGAGGAGGGCCUCUCUUUGUAUCAGCGUAUUUGCCUCUUCAAACUUUACUUGCUGCUCUUUUGGCCACUUUUGCUCUUGGUGAACACUUCUUCCUUGGAGGAUUGAUUGGGGCAAUACUAAUCAUUUGUGGACUGUACUUGGUUGUGAUGGGAAAGAGUUGGGAGAAGCAAGCUCACAUUAUUUCCCCAGCAUCAGAAAACCAUCAUAAACCAACAUCUUCUCUCAUUCAACCUUUAACUUCUUCCUAAGCUGUCUUGGAGACUAAUAUAAAGUUACACUAUACACUAAUUGGAUUAUCAUUUUAUCUUAAUUUCUUCAAUGCUCAUAAGUCUUUGGUAUAUCGUUGUUGCUGUGAUUUACAGUUUCAGGUUGCUGUCUGAUUCCAUCCCAUCUUUGUCUUUUGAAUUUUAAUUCUUGCAUUUCCGUAGUUUUGUUUUUUUUUUUUAAAAAGAAAAGAGUUUUUCUCCGUUAAUGUGUGUAUAAGAGAGAAGAAGGAUGAUGCAACUCUCGUGUUCUUUUCUGGCUUGAGAGUAAAAAGUGAUGAUUCUUGGUUUGAAGAACCAAACGCUCGGCAAAAUCAAAUCAACUCGUUUCUUACUUUUCCGACGAAAUUCUCACUCGCGGGUUCGCCGGGAUGCUGAAGCCGAGGGGAGGAAGCCACGCGAUGGGUUGUUUCUGCACAAGAGCAAAGGCCAACACCUUCUUACCAACACCAGAAUCCUCGACGCCAUCGUCCGAAGCUCCGAUGUCAGGCCCACCGACACAGUCUUGGAGAUCGGACCUGGUACUGGGAAUCUCACGAUGAAGCUUCUAGAAGCUGCCCACGAUGUCGUCGCCGUCGAGAUUGAUAAGCGCAUGGUGGAGAUUCUCCGCAGAAGGGUUUCCGACCAUGGUUUUGAAGACAAGCUUACGAUUAUUCAGAAAGAUGUUCUCAAGACAGAUUUCCCAGAGUUCGAUCUGGUGGUGGCAAAUAUACCGUACAACAUAUCUUCCCCUCUUGUGGCAAAGCUUGUGUACGGCUCCAAUACCUUUCGCAGCGCCACACUCUUGCUUCAAAAGGAAUUCUCCCGGCGGCUCUUGGCGAAUCCCGGAGAUUCCGAUUUCAACAGACUGGCGGUGAAUGUGAAGUUGGUAGCUGAUGUUGACUUCGUUAUGAACGUGAGCAAAAGAGAGUUUGUUCCACCCCCUAAAGUCGAUUCAUCUGUGGUUAGGAUCAGGCCAAAGGAGGUUAAACCAGGCGUUGAUGUUCAAGAAUGGCUUGCAUUUACUCGCACCUGUUUCGGGAAGAAGAAUAAGACGCUUGGUUCCAUGUUUAGGCAGAAGAAGAAGGUCAUGGAGUUGCUCAGUUUAUCCAAGGCUGGUGUUAUGAAUCGGAAAGGUAGUCACUUCGACAGUGAUGCUGAAGAAGACGAAGUCGAAGAUGGGGAAAAUCAUUUCUUGUGCGUGGAUUCAGAUGCGAGUAUGUUCAAGGAAAGGUUAGUUGGAGUUCUGAUUUCGAAUGGGUUCGAAGAGAAGAGACCAUCGAAGCUCGCUCAUGGCGAGUUAUUGCAUCUGCUUUCUUUGUUCAACCAAGCUGGCAUUUUUUUCCAUGAUCAUAUCACAUCAUCGUUACCAAUGGAUCUACCCGAAUAAUGCUUAUGACAUUUUUUCAUCGACUAAUUGCGUACUCUGAAUUAUACUUUUCUUACAAAUUGCAAGAUGACAGUAAAAGCUUCUUUAUGCAAUGAUUUGGGG